AUGGAUCUUGGAGUUAUUUUCUUUUCGUUUCGUCCUCAAAUUGUCUCUUCUGUCUUGGAAUCCAUGACGGAGGCCUCUGCUAAGCAAGAAACGGAAUUAGAUGCGGCUCUUAAGAUACAAUCCACAUAUCGUAUGUGGCGUGUUCGUCGUGUAUAUUGUGAUAUCCGAAAUGCUGUGAUUUGUGUACAACGUGUUUACCGUGGACAUAUAGAGCGGAAACAUGUGAUGCGAAUACGGAAUGAAGCGGAUGAGGCACAUGAGAGGGCGGUAUAUGAAUAUUAUGCGGCCCGUAUACAAGCCUGUUUUCGUGGAUAUUAUGUACGUUGCUAUGUGGAUAACUUUUAUGCACGUAAACGAUAUAUUAGAGAGACCCUUAAACUCUCUGAGGAUGUGCGAGAUAUGGCUACGAAAUUACUGGAAGAUCAAUUACAGCAAAAAUCUUUAGUGCGGGCGAAAAAAGAGGAGAAACUAUAUAAGGAGGCUGCAGAGAAAUUACAUCACAUGGUCUCUACAGUGAGUGUAAGUGGUAUUUAUCGCCCACCUAUGAGUGCAUCCGCCGUAAAGACGGUUUAUGGAACGAAUGUAGAAGAUGAUAUAAGGCGUUUUUCAUCUGCAGCACGUCGACCAGAACUCUUAAAAAGUGUAAAAGAAAAUUUGAAAAGCACUUCAAAGAUUGCGCAAGAAGGAGUUUCCGCAUCUCUUAAUACAACCAAAGAAGAUGCUGCUGCUGUUAUGAUGAAAAGUUCUCAAGAAGUCGUAGAGAAUGAUGAUGAAAUGAAUGAUUCCAAAAAGGGAAGUCAUUUCAUGCGUUUUGGAGCUCAACGUGGUGCCUGGAAUCGUAGUCAUGUGGAAGGAUGUAGUUUUCUCCCACCGAUUGCAAAUACUUCUCUAGGAAAAGAAAGCACUGUAGUAGGCAAUGUAGUUCAACAUUCAUGUGUAGAAGACUUUACUCCUUUGUAUAAUACGGAAUCAGCAGAGUUAGAGCGGUGUGUGAAUGCCAAGGGGAUGCAAGCUCUUCAUGGAAAUAAACCAUUUGUUGUUCCUGCUGCAAGGCGGGUGCCUAUGUAG